AUGGUCAGGAUUAAUCAAUACACGUCGUCAAAUAUUUUUCCCUCGCAUCAAGGUAAGAAAUACGUGAAGUUUGUGAAAAAGCUGAGACCGCAUAGUAUAAUCAACAACAAUGCUCGCAAAGCUGAGAGAAAUUACGAAGGCAUGCCAGCCACUAAACUUAAACAUAACGCAUCGUUCGUAUGA